GACGACUAGGGAAGGAGCAUCUUCACAGUUGACUUUGACGCCCACUGAAAUGGCCAAUUCAAAUUUGUCGUGCGUGCUGCUUGGGCCGGGCAAAGUACGGUUCGAACAUCGCCCCACCCCGCAAAUCGAUGAUGCCCAUGAUGUUCUUGUACAGAUCGGUUACGUUGGAGUUUGCGGAAGCGAUGUUCAUUUUUGGGUCCAUGGAGGCAUCACGAGGAAAGUCUCGGAAGAGAGCCCCCUCGUCAUGGGCCAUGAGGCGUCCGGAACCGUUCAUUCCGUUGGAUCGGCCGUGACACGACUCAAGCCUGGCGAUCGCGUUGCGAUUGAGCCGGGCAUCCCUUGCCGACGAUGCGAUAAAUGCAAGAGCGGAAAGUACAACUUGUGCCCUCGCAUGCGCUUUGCCGCCGACCCGCCGAAGACGGAUGGCACGCUAUGUCACCUGUUCAAAGUCCCAGAAGACUUUGCGUAUAAGAUCCCGGACAGCCUCAGUCUACAAGAGGCAGUUCUUGUGGAACCUUUAAGUGUGGCCGUCCACGGUAUUCGUCUCGCGGAUCUAAGAGCCGGUCAGACUGUAUUGGUGCAAGGGUCAGGAACAAUUGGUCUACUCGUUGCGGCUACGGCCAAGGCGUACGGAGCAAAAACCGUUUACAUUGCUGAUAUCAACGAAACGAAACUUGGCUUUGCAGCAUCCUUCGGCUACACGACCUUCCUUUCGGACAUAUCUUCAACACCGUAUGAAGAAGCUGAGAGGUUCAAAAAGGAGGCCGGUCUCGAAGAUGGCGUAGAUGUUGUUCUCGAGUGCACCGGCGUUGAAUCGUCCGCGCAGACCGGCAUUUACGCGUGCGCUUCUGGGGGUACAAUUGUACAAAUUGGGAUGGGAAAGUUCAACCAGUCCUUGCCGAUGGGUGCCAUGUGCGAGAAAGAAAUGGUGCUGAAGACGGCUUUCAGAUAUGGCCCUGGGGAUUAUGAUCUCGCACUCGAGCUCCUGGCCUCCGGCACGGUUUCCGUCAAAGCAAUGAUAAGCAGUAUCGUUCCAUUUGAGAACGCGCCGGAGGCAUGGGAGAGGACCAGAAAGGGGGAGGGCAUCAAAAAUUUGAUCGAGGGAGUCCGAGUAUAGGUAGGUUAGGCCCGAAGUUUUUAGUAUGGUACGGGGACAGCUUCCCAGCAGAGUAUUACUAGUGUGUACUAAAGCCUCAAUGUUUCGUAUAUGGCAAUUUCACUCACCCCAGUCAUUGAGUAAAAAGUCUAGAG